AUGAUGGUUUUUAUUUCUUUCAGAUGUCUCUACGAAAUACAUACUUGAUGUUUCCAUGAAGGUUCGAAAUGGCAUCCUGGGUCCGAUGUCUCCAGAUCUCGACAUCAUUCGCCUCUUGUAUAACAAAAUGGAUGAAAUGUUGCCUGAUGAUGCACACCUGCACUGUGAUGGCACACUUUAUGUGUCUGUGACUCAGUUUGACAACGGCAAGAACGUUCUUCUCAACAAUUUCAAAUCUAAACCGGAACUACUGCAGGCCUUGAUGUGCAGUUGCUUUAUUCCUGUGUACUGUGGAUACGAACUUCCUCUUUACCGUGGUGUGGCUUAUGUGGAUGCAGCAUUAAGCAACAACUCUCCAAGGCUGGAUAAACACACUGUCACGGUGGCUCCCUUUGUUGGAAAUUCUAGUAUUUGCCCAGAAAAUGAUGGAGUUGUUCCAAAGUCAUUUACUCUCAGUAAUACAAGCAUUGGUCUUACAACCCAAAACAUGUACAGUCUGUUUCGAGUUCUUUUCCCUGGGUCUCCAGAUAUCCAGAAAGAAUUUUGUCAGAAAGGUUAUAAUGAUGCUUUACGGUUCCUUCGUGACAAUGCCUUGAUUCCAUGUCCUGAUUGCUUAUCAUGUGAUGAAAAUUUAAGCCAUGCAAAGUGCAAGUCUCCUGAAGUUCCUUUGCCAUUAGAAAUGGCAAAUGAAAUUGAUGAAGUUUUUGAAAAAUUUAAACAAAACUUAGGUUACAAGCUCUUUCAGUAUCGCUCCAUGAAGGUGCUAUAUUAUAUGAAUAUGCCCAGUAUCAUAACUGCCAAAGUAGCUUAUGCUAUAAUUUCAACCAUUUUACAAAAAGUGCAGAGUAAAGCUGGUUCUUGUGUAGAUGAUAUCUGGAGUCGCUUUUUGCAGAAACUGAAGGAGGGUCUUUAUCGACAAAAUGAUAUAAAUUUGCCAUCUGAAAUUCAAGAGCCAGAAAAGCAAAAAUCUUUGAGCUGUAUCAUGGAAAACAUGCAUGAAAAUCUGCCUUCCGGUGAUUGUCAAUGUACAACUGAUUUGAGAGAUGAUAAAACUUCUGAUAGAUCAGAUUCAUCCAAAGAGGAUUUAACUGUGGAAGUUCAGAUUCAGGUUCCUCAAAAUGUCAAAAAUGGUUACCCACAUAAAGCAUACCCAGUUCAGUCUCUUAACAAUAUAUGCCAACUUGAUUAUCCUCUCUGUGAGAGUAAGAAAGACAUUCAGAUGCCUGAAAUGAUAAACACUCGUGUUUGUUGAACUGCCAAAUAACAAUUUAUGUCUCGUUGCAUAUCAGUGCAUUUGGAUUUUGCACCAUGUAUGUGACUAACUAUAAUAUAGUGUGUACAAAGUUAUUAUAUGAAAACCAUUUUUGAUAGGUUUAUAUCUUUUUUAAAAAUGCCAUUAGUAUUUCUUAAAUAUGUUAAAAAAUGUUCAGAUUCUUUACCAGUUACCCGUGUGGAUAAUAUAAGUAACACAUUUUGUUCUUACAUGUGUGUGUGUGUAAAUAAUAAUUUAUCUUGACUUAUCUAUGUUGUUAUAAAUUAUUAAUCAUAACUUAAAUAAUUUUUGAUUUAUUUAAAAUAUUUGCUUACUAAAGAUAUUGUGUUGAAAUGAUUUUACAAUACAAAUCUUUAUAAAAUGUAAUUUAAUAAUUUAUAUAAUUUCAUACUUAUUUAAAAUAUUUCAUUGUUAGUUUUUUGCUUAAAAUUGUAAUUUAUAUUUAUUUAGAUUGCUUAAUUACAUUUUUAUUAGUAGUUUUAAAGUAAAUUUAAUAUUUCAAAAUAGCUUAAUAACUAUAUAUUUAUUAUAAUAUGUCCGCCUCUGAAUCUUUUGUCUUCAUAGAAGAAUUGGAAAAAUGUUGUGCCAUUAAUUAUAUAACUGUCAUAAUCUGGUAUAAACUACUAUAAUUUUGAAAUAAUUAUUCCUGUUUAUGCUGCUGUAGUUAAUGUAAUUUACUUUUAUUUGUGCUGGUAAAGGGUUGGAGCAUUUUACUUAAGUGUUUGUGAGAAUCUAUAGUAACUAAGUGAUGAUUUUUUGUUUUUUAAAUCUCUAGUCCAUAAUGACAGGACAUCUUUUCCAUCUAUUGAAUCAUUUUUAUGAGCAGCAAUAUGUAUAUGUAUGUUUUAUUUUAUACUAAUGUAUGUCCUAUAAGUUGCCAGUGAAGAAUAUUAAUUGUUUUGUAAUGUGUUAAUUGUUUUGUAAAGUUGUGGACUGGAAUAUAAAUGUAUUACUGUCAUUAAUUUUAGUACUAAAGUUGAGUAGAAUUACAGUUCUAAAAAGGAACAAGUAGCAAGGAUAUAUAUUUGGAGGGGGGGGAAAGGAAAUCUUAAUUUUUAUUGACUUUUUCCCUCCUAAAAGGAUUAAAAUUAAGAUUUCUAUGACUAUGAAAUAGUAUUGUUUAAAAAAUGUUGAAAAACUUUAUUGGACAAACAUCAUUUUACAUUUAUUGUGGACUAUUUAUCAAUGGGACAAAUUUGUAUUACUUUUAUUACAAAGAACAUUGUUAUUAUUUGCAAAUAUUAUGUGCAAAUUUAACGAAACAUAAAAAUUUAACUGAAGCUACAAAAAUAUAUUUAGACAAGAUUUUUAUCAUUUUAGUUUUGUAAAGAUGCAUUUGUUAUGCGUAGCAAAUACAAAUAUGCAAAGUAAAAGUACAUUCACUAUUAAAAUUUUAUAUAAUAUGCCAUAAAAUUUUGCUGUAGUUAAUUAAUGUAUGCAAAACAUGUUAAGGCAGAAUUUUGAUGCUAUUGUUAAAUGGAGGAUAAUCAGUUGAAAUUAAUGACAGAAUUUGAGACAGAAAGUUUAGUAUGCUUUUUAGUUUUCUAUUUUUGUACUGCAUUUUUGCUGCAUGUGUUGAAUUUUAUUUUUGUAAUGGCAUCUCAUAUUUUCAGAAUGAUAUGCAUUUUAUGUAAGUGUAUGUAUGUAACUAAAUGUUUGAUUUUAAUUUCAAACUUCUAGUUAUUAAAAAUUGCAUGAUUGUUCGAAAUAUUGAACUGUUCUCUUUCUGUUGUUACAUACUCGUUUUACAUUAAGAUGAGUAAGUAUUUUUUAAUAGAAUAAGUAAUAAAUAUUUAUGAACAAA